AGCGUGCACUGUAUUGUGACAAAGUUACGGAGAGUUGAGAGAAUCCGCCGGACUGGUAGAGAAAGCACCAUGGUGGGAGUGGAGUGCCGCUCUGAGCAGGUGAGGGUGUGAUCCCUCAGCGCUUCGUGACUGACGUCCGCACAGAUCUGAACUGUCUGGGAGGAGGGAGAAGAAGAAGAAUGGCCCGGAACGCUAACUUGGACCUGAACCACCCUCUCAUGGAAGCUGGACUGGAGAGUCCAGUGGAUGAGGAAGGGGUUCAUGACUCAUUCAACCAGCUGAUAGAAGAGCAGAGCCUGAAUGGAAGACUGUCUGAAGCCUACGAGCUACAGGAGCUGCAGAGACAACUGGACGACGAGGGUCGAGAUAUUGUGCCCUACCUGUCCAACCCUGGACAUGAUCUUAGGGAAAGGAGGCAUAGAGGAAGAGAGGUUGACUCGGCAGAUGAUGAUGGCAGAGACCAAGGGGAACGCUGGUCCUCGGCCACCAUGAAGAUCCUGUCGUCCAUGCCCAGUCGCACCAUCGGCCGCAGCAGGGGAGCCAUUAUUUCUCAGUAUUACAACAGGACCAUGCAGCUGCGGAGACACAAGCAGAGCCGACCCGCCAUCCGGGACUUCUCACGCUCUGCCAGGCCGAGCAUCCGAGGCUACGGCAUGGAGGACAGCACCGACGCAGAGGGUGCAGAAGUGACUAAAAGGGAACGUUUGGUGAACAACCUGCAGAACCUUUCCGUUAACGACAGAGUGAGGAUGCUCCGAGCGAUGCCGCUCAGUGUGGCUGAGAAGAGUGAACUCAGGAGGUUAGCAUUACAAAAGGAGAAACGCACAUUUGCUGGAAGUCAGAUCCCCUGUUGUAGUCGACUCAAAUAUUACAUCAUAAUAGCUGUGAGACAGGGCUGGUACAGCUGGCUCUCCUUCCUGCACUCCCUCCAGCUGUGGCAAAUGGCGCUCAAGAGAGUGAGCGGGCGCUUUGGCACAGGAGUUCUCUCAUACUUCCUGUUCCUUAAGACCCUGCUCUUCUUCAACCUCUUCCUGUUCCUUGUGAUGGGUGCGUUCAUGGUGCUGCCUCAGGCAGUGCAUCCUCCAGUUCUACCGUCUGACAGACGCUCCUUCUCUGGACUGGAGCUCCUCACUGGAGCAGGCUAUUUCUCCGACACAGUGAUGUACUAUGGUUACUACAGUAACUACACCCUACGUGAACAGUGCAGGGAUGAUGGUGGAGGGCAGGACAUCUCUGUGUCCAAUGGAACCACGCCGGACUGCCCGACCAAGCAUCUGUCCUACAACAUGCCUCUUGCGUACUUCUUCACCAUAGUACUGUCCUUCUUUAUCACUUGUAUCAUCCUUGUGUACAGCAUGUCCAAGUCGUUUGGCCAGAGCUUCAGAAUCGACAAAUCUCACAGUAUCCUGGCUGUGAAGGUUUUCUGCUCCUGGGACUUCAAGGUCAUCAAGAGAACAUCCGUCAAACUCAUGUCGGAGAAUAUCUGCACCCAGCUCAAGGAGCUGCUAGCGGAGGUGAACCAUAAACAUGUCAAGAACACUUUGUGCCAGAAUCUGUGGAGACUGAUGGUCCACUGUAUAGCGUGGGCUAUCUGCAUAGCAGGCACCAUUGCCUGUGUGGUCGGCAUUUACUUCUUCUCUGAUUUCAUGCACCAGGACCUCCAGUAUAGAGCUCGUAGUCCAUCGACCAACAAGAACCACUUGUUGGAUGAGGCCAGCCUGCUGGCUCUGCCCGUGGUGGUGUCGCUCAUCAACCUGCUGCUGCCCGGCUUGUUCAACCUUGCAGCCUGGAUGGAGGACUAUCAGUCACCUUCUGUCAGCACAUAUGUCGCCAUUGGCAGGAACUUGAUGUUAAAAGUGAGUGUUCUUAUCGUCCUCUGUUACCACUGGCUGGGUCGGGUGGCCAAUGACUCUCAAAUGUGCUGGGAGAGUUUUGUCGGCCAGGAGCUUUAUCGCUUCCUGCUGAUGGAUUUCAUCUUCACUCUGCUGGACACAUUGUUAGGAGAGUUUCUGUGGAGAUUGUUUUCUACGAAGGUGCUGAAAAGGAAGAGGAAACCAGUUUUUGAUAUCGCCAGGAAUGUCCUUGACCUCAUCUAUGGACAGACUUUAGCCUGGUUGGGAGUUCUCUUCACUCCUCUCCUGCCUGCAGUGCAGCUUCUCAAACUCCUGCUGCUCUUCUACAUUAAAAAGAGCAGUGUGAUGAUGAACUGUCAGAAUCCUAGGAAACCAUAUAGAGUCAGCCAGAUGACCACCGUCUUCAUCACCCUCCUCUGCUUCCCCUCCUUCCUCGGUGCCUCUGUGUGUGUCACGUACACCAUGUGGAGUAUCAGCCCGUCCUCGUCCUGCGGUCCAUUCCGUGGACUCAAAACGAUGUUCCAGUCGGGGAAACGCUGGGUGGAAGAACUGGAAAAAGAUAAUCCCAAUUUGUCCGUUCUGGCCAGGGCUCACUCUUACUUGGUGGAAAACCCUUUCUUCCUGUUUGUGGGGGCAGGAAUUUUUCUGAUCGUCAUCUACUUCCAUAGUCAGGUGGUGGAUGGUCAAAGGAAGAUCAUCACUUUACUACAGGAGCAGAUAGAAAAUGAGGGAGACGAUAAAAAGUUUCUCAUCACUCGCCUCCAGUCCAUCCAUGAGCAGAAACGAACGCCCACUCAAAGACUCUCCAGUCAGGACUCUUCAUGUUGAAGCAGCUCUGAAAACUCUCAUCACUGACUGAGGUCUGGAAAAAUCUUACACCCAUGGGAAUAUAACUGGAAUAUCAUCAGAAAGGAGCUGCAAGAAAUACAGCCAAAAUCAAAUAUAUUAUUCGUUUGGUAGUUUUUAAAUUUGGAAGUAUUUUUACUGGCUGCAGUAUUUUAGAGGACGAACAAACAAAUCAAAACCACCAGACGUAAUAUAGCUGUCUGCUUCCUAAACAGAACAACCAUAACAACAUUAGCUGUGCAUGACUGUCCACAGAAAGGAUGACUGCUGAAGAGGAACUGAGAACAGACAGAAUCACUGAGGCAGUUUGCAAUAGUUUUUAAGUUUUAAAAAUCAAACUAAGCACCUGUAUAGUUAUGAAAAUCUUGAAACUGAUAUUGUCAGUUCAAAAAGAUUUCAAACAUCUCCCGUAGAAGCACUUUCAUACUGACUGUGAACAUUUUUUAUCCUUUUGAUUUUAUAAAUAACAUUUUAACAGUGUCUAUGUUGUAGGUAAGCUUGUUGUUGUGGGUGUGAGGAACUUAACUGUAAAUGUUUUUUAUGAAUUUGUUUUUUUAGGUUGAAAAAGUCAUACUUUUUAAAUUAAAUUAUCUUUUAUGAUA